UUUUUAAAAAAAGCCCACCCAAAUCAAGUACAUUUUUUACUGUGCACUUUGGCCAUACUGUCACUGGCAAGAAGAAGCAUCAGGGGUUUGGAAGAAAAAAACAACGAAUCGAAAACGCCCUAAGCCAUGAUUGUAAAGGCAAUUAAGGCAAUUAGCUAGCCGGAACAUGAACAAACACAUCUGCACUCGCUGGGCCUUCGACCUGACCAGCUGGUCGCCCACUCUGCCCCAGCUGGCCCAGGCAGUGGCCUCGAUUCAAGCGGAGGAGCGCACUCGUCUUAUGAAGUUUCACUUCAUUGAUGACUUUCUGUCCUCCCUAAUUGGCCGCCUUUUGAUGCGAAAAUAUGUCAGCACGUGCAGCGGCCUGCCACCCCACCAGGUCCAGUUUGGCAGGGACGUGAGGGGAAAACCCUAUUGGGUGCAGGAGGAGGGGAACCAGCAGCGACCACCCCUCAGUUUCAAUGUGUCUCACCAAGGUGAUCUUGUGCUUCUGGCCGGCAUCUGCGGGGAUUCUGCUGAGCUCGACUUUGGCAUCGGUGCGGAUGUGAUGAAGAUCGAGUACAGUGGCGGCAAGUCCCUGUCCGAGUUCUUCCGCUUAAUGAGGAACAAGUUCUCGCCCCACGAAUGGAGCUACAUUGGACGACCUCAGCACAAUGAGAGGGCCCAGGUCAAGGCCUUCAUGCGGCACUGGUGCCUGAAGGAGGCCUAUGUCAAGGAGCUGGGAGUGGGCAUCACGGUGGACCUGCAGAAGAUCAGCUUUUCGGUGGACACCACCCAUAGUCUGGCGGAAGAGGUGUCGCCCCUUACAGGCACUACCCUGCGCUGCCAGGACCAACCCAUGGACAACUGGCACUUUGAGGAGCAUUUGCUGAAGGAGGAUUAUUGUGCCGCCAUAGCAUUUCGCAACUGCCUACCCCUGGAGCAUGCUAGAUUCCAACUGCUGCCCAUAGAACAGCUGCUGGUGGAGAGCGAUCAAUCGAAAUCGGAGGAUGUGGUGGCCUACUGCCAAAAGGCCUUGCUCAAGCCCUACAAAAAAGUAUCCUGAAAUGGAGUUGUUAUCCCUAGAAUAAACAUGCAUUUAUAUUUUUUCCAAAAAAA